AUGUUUCGUUUCACGACCGGCUGGACGCCGGACGACGAGUACAACGAGGAGGAAGACGAAGACGAAGACGAAGACGAAGAAUAUUUGGAAGAGGAGGAGGAAGAAGAGGACGCGAACGACGAGGACAACGACAACACGAACAAACCGUUAUCGUACGAAGAAAUCGCGGAAAAAAAACGGCAGCUCUUCACGCAGAGGAACUUGGAAAUUCAACGCAAAACGGCGUUACAAAACGCGCACAUGACGUACACCACGCGAGACGUUUUAAAAGCUAUGGACGACGGGGACGCGGCGACUGGGAUGUCAGCCGAGGCGAAAGCGUUUUUGAGCAUGAAACCGAUGACGGCGAUGAGCAGACAGAAGAAUAAAGUGUUCCUUCCCGGGGUGAAGAGAACGAGAGUGUCGAGGAAGAUGCGAGUGAGCGCAGAGGCGGAGAAAAUUUUAGGAUUAGCAAACAUGCUGUACGUGCAGAACUUCGUGGAAGAGGCGAUCGAGAAGUGCCACGAGUGCAUCACGGUCGCUCCGCAUGAGGCGAGUCCGUAUCACACGCUCGGUUUGAUUUACGAAGAGAAGGGCGACAUGGCGAAGGCGAUGGAUUUUUAUUCCAUCGCGGCGCACGUGAGUAAGAAAGACGUGGAGUUGUGGUUGAGAAUUGCGGAUAUGGCGCUGACGUUGGAGAACAGACGACACGCGAUAUAUUGUUUGAGCAGAGCAGUGAAAGCGUCGGAGGGGAUUUUAGACGACGCGGAGAGGAAUUUGUUGAGGUUGAACAGCGCAGAUUUGUACGAGGAGUUUGGCGAGAAGAGACAGGCGAUUGCGCAGUACGAACAAAUUAUAGAAUCAUUAGGACCGAAAGAUGUUUUGAUAGAUCCGUACGAUGUGCACAUAAAGUGCAUGAGUUUGUGCAUGGAGUGUAGCCUGAAGCCGAACGCGGCGAAAGUUUUAGGUGGGUACGCGAGAAAGAACGCCGCGAGAGUGGACAUGAAAACGAUGUUGUUCUUGAUUGAUUUAGUGAGCGAGUUAGAUUGGUGGGAAAAAGUCGUCGAAUACGUGGAGUUAUGUCGUCGAGUGUGGGAAGAAAAAGGCCAUUUUUCGUACAAGGAGAUGAAAACGUUCCCGCUGAAUUGCGAGGCGAUGAAGGCUAGAGCAUUGAUUAUGCUUUCCGGGAUUUACAAGCAACACAAAACAGACGAAGACGCGAUUAAAUACGAAAAGAAUUGCGAAGCAAAGUUAAGAGUAGGGAGAAUGUGUACGGAUGUCAUCAUGGACGCGAUAGAGAAGGCUGCACCUCGAGCAGAGAAAGGAGAGAAGAACGUGUUUCCAUUUCCGGAUUUGAGCUCUGAAAAUUUGUUUCGAUUGGCGCACGCGCAUCGAGAACACGGCAACGAUCAACACAAAGCCAUGGAAGUGUACAAAGCGCUUCUCAUAUACGACAAAACGCGUGAUAGCGCAGACGUUUGGGAGAAAAUGGCCGAUUGUGCGCGAAUAGCGAGGGGUGUGGAAGGUGCGAAACAAGUUUACGAAGAGAUUUGUAGCACGAGAAAACACAGCUCGGCGGCGAGAGUACAAUUGACGGAGAUUUUCUUGUACGAGUUGAAGGAUGAAGAGAAGGCAAAAGAGAUGUUGCCAUCUUUAGAAGAACUGGUAAACGAUAGCGUGGAUGAUAAUGUUUUAUUACGAGCUUCGGAAUUACGACGAUCGUUACAAAAUAUGGAUGACUUUAUAAGAGAGUCGUUACCAACGGUCCAACAAAUCUUGGACGAAGCGUUGGACGUUAAGGCGCAAAUUCAAAAGUUACGAGCGGAUGCGAAGCACUUGCAAAACAUAGAGGACGCGAGAAAUAGCGCGUACUUAAAGAAAACCGGAGGUAAAGAUGGGCUGAAGAAGAAGAAGCAAAAGACCGGAUGGGGCGGUCGGAACGGAGGCGGUAGUAGGAAGGAAGAACUCGUCCCGUUGUCGAAAGGCGCGUUUAGAGGCUUCGAGAACAAACGUUUGGAAAGAAAUCGGGAGCUCGAUAAGAAAUUCUUGACGAAAGAAGAGGUUGCGGAGAUUGAAAGAGAAAUACGGGGUGAAGAGACGAAGACUUCGGAAGAAAUCGCCGCCGAAAAACGCGAAGUACAACCACAGGAGGAACAAAACGAAGAGACGAAUAAUAAUAGCGUUGUCGAUGACGAGGGAGGAGAGACCGAAAAGGACAAAGCGGAGCGAUUGCAACGCGAGAAAGAAGCGAAAGAGUUCAAGGAAGAAAUGAAGAAAAUAACGGACCAAAUUGAUAUCUUGAACAAACACAGAGACUCUACGGCGAGUUUCAGCCACCCGACGCAGUUCGUGAUGAUCGUGCAAGUCUUACACGCGCUUCUCUUGGACGGCGGUUUGAAAGAAGCGCGUUCGAUAUUGGACAAAAUCGUUGGUUUGUCUUUUCCUCGAGGUUUGUCCAAAGAACAAACCGUGGCGAUUCGUUACAUGCGAACAAAACUUUCACAAUUAGAAGGCAACGCGUUCGGCAUGGCCGAGCAAGCGAACAAAGUUGUAACCGCGUACCCGGACAUUCUCGAAAUGUGGAACAUCGUCUUGUGCGACGGGUGUCGUAACACCACCAACGCCAAGAAAGUUUUAGCUACAGCGAAAAAAGCGGUAAAAGCAUUCACGUUCCCAGGAAACGAAUUCGACACAACUAACUCUGAAACGACCGUAAACGAGAAAGUUCCAGCGUUGUUAGCGUCCGGAUACAUCCACGGCUGGAACGAUCAAUGGGCGGUGGCGAACAUGCAUUCGAGAGAAGCGUUGCGUUUAGCGCCGAACGAACCGAACGUACGUUUGGGCAUCGCGUGCUCACAAAUUCACGGUGCGGUACAAACGCACUUGAGCGUUAGUGAUUCUGAGAAGAACGCAAGAGUUUUGCGUGCGAUUUGUCAGUUAAAUACGAUGGCGAAACAAAGAAAUGAUGUAUCACCUAUGGAGGCGACGUACAACGCCGCGAGAGCUUUACACCAAAUCAAUUUGAUGUACUUGGCGCAGCCUUUGUACGAGAAGUGUUUAGAGAUUAAAGACGAGUUUGUGAAAACGAACGAAGAUCUUGCGAAAAACGCAGAUUUAAGCGUCGAAGCGGCGUAUAACUUGAGCUUGAUAUACAGAGCGUCCGGAUGCGACGACUUGGCGCGAGCCGUGUUGAAGAAAUACGGUUCAUUUAGAUAG